AUGUCGCAAAGCGGCUCCGACGGAGACCCAUGGCCAGCGCCCGGCACUGCGCAGCUCGCGCCCGGCGUCGACCACGAGGGCUGGCUGCCGGAAGGCUUCGUUCCCGACCGGGACAGGUUCAUCGUGUGCGUCGACGUGGACGCCUUUUACUGCCAGGUCGAGGAGCUCCGGGACCCCUCACUGGCUACAAGGCCCAUGGGCGUCUCACAGAAGUACCUCGUGGUGACUGCGAACUACCUGGCCCGCGCCGCGGGCGUCGAGAAGCUGAUGAACACGAAGGAGGCCCAGAAGCGCUGUCCGGGGCUCGUCCUGGUCCCGGGCGAGGACCUCACUCCGUACAGGGCGGCGGCCCGCAAGGUCAGGCGGGUGCUCAGUCGCUUCGGACCCUGUCAGGCGGGCGGCCUGGACGAGGUCUUCGUCGACGUGACAGCCGAGGUGCUGCGGCGCUGUCGCGCCGAGGACCCAGGGGCGACCUUCGUGGGGCACGUCUACCGCCACCGCCGCGCGGAUGCAUCCGGCGGCCUCCUGCAGGGCCCCCGGCACCGCCCGAUGGACGUCCGCGCCGCUCCGGCGCACACUGAGGGGAGCGCUGACGUCCACCCCCCCCCCCCGCUGUCGGCGCUGUCCGACGACGGCCAGGGGUGGGUGCGCGGGCUGGCGGCGGCGUCGCGCGUGGCCGCGGAGGCGCGCGCCGCGGUGCGGGCGGAGUGCGGGCUGCGGACGAGCGCGGGAAUCGCGUGCAACAGGAUGCUGGCGAAACUGGCGUCAGGACUGCACAAACCGGACGGACAGACGACGCUGCCGCCGAGCGAGGCGUCGCGGUUCGUGGCGGAGCUUCCGGCCAGGGCGCUGCCGGGCGUGGGCUCUCGGGCGGCGAAAUGCCUCUACGCGAUUGGCGUCACGUCCGUCGCGGACAUCCGACGCGCAGGCGUCGACGCCGUCGCAGCUGCGCUCGCGGCAGGGCCCCCGCGGCUCGACCCGGGCCAGUCCGACACGCCCUCGCCGCCCCCGAAGCCCGGAGUGGCGUCAGGAACAACACCCCCCCGGUUCCUUGCUCAGGCGAAUCAGAUCUUCCGGAUGUCGUGCGGCGCCGAUGACACGCCCGUGGAGCCGCGACCGCCCGCAAAGGCCGUGUCGGUGGAGGACUCGUUCAAGUCGUGCGAGACGUUCCAGGGCGUGGAGUCGGUUCUCUCUGUGCUGUGUCCAGAUAUGGUUUCAAGGAUUGACGAGGAGCGCGAGGAGACUGGGAGGGUGCCGCGGACGCUGACGGUCAAGUGGCGGCUGCGCGGACGCGGACAGAAACGCACCAGCGCCAGCACCGCGAUGCCCGCCACCGUCGUUGAUUGCACAGUGGCGCUGGGAGAACGCGCCACGCGGCUGGCGGCGGCGGCGGGGGGGGUCCUGCGAACAGGCCUGAGGGACUCCGGGGACUUCUGUCUGACGCUGAUCAACCUGGCGGCCACGGGGUUCGUGGCGUCGGGUGACUGUGCGGGCAAACGCAGCGCACCGAUGCCGGUCGAGGGGGGGGAUGUCGCGAAGCGGGCGCGGGGAGACGGGAGCGCGAUGCGGAGCUUGCAGGCCCGUCGCGACUACGGGACAGGCACGGGGGCCGGGGGGGCGCUGUCGAAGCGUGCGGAGCGCGCGCUGGUGGAGGGGGGAGUUGGAGAGGAGUCGGGGGAGGGGUGCUGGGAGGAUGGGGGGGUGUGGAUGGUGGACGGCGGCGGGGAGGUGCUGCCUGGGUAUAUGUCGUCCGGGGGCUCGUCGGAGGAGUGGGACAGGGUCCGCCGCGGGUGA